CAGAAUGCAUGGUUGACUGCAGUGUAAUCCUAAGCGUUUCGCCGGACCCGAGUCCGCGAUCUCCGCACUCCGACUGCAAGCAGGUGUUCGGUACGACAAAAAGUUCCAUCUUACCCUCGCUGGCAUCCUGCAAUGUCCCGACCUGCCACUCGCUCUCUGGCCUCAUGGCAGCAAUAUCACGCCAUCUUCACCCAGCAGUGUCUUCGAGGACCGCGAAAUCGAUUCGCCAGCAAGUCCUUAAGACUCCCUAGCCACCCUUCCCACCAUGGCACGCGACCAUUCUCAGGCUCCGCAUCAUGGCAUGCUGGCCAGAUGGGCAAAGCGUUCAUGCCCAGCGCCGGAAGGCGCCCACAGCAAUCAAUGAAAGUGCAGAAAGCCAAAGCGGAACGCGAUGCCAAACGGCAAGGCAUAGGGUUUGACAUUGGUCUCAUACCAGAAACUUUCGUGAUGCCGCGGGGCAAGAACCUGCCAAGCUGGUUCAGCAACUCCAAAGACCGUCGAAAACUAGAGUGGGCACGGCUCAAGCUGCGAUUGAAGGAGUUCUACAGCGCCGUCUUCUACCGUUUCUUCUCCAUUCGACCAAACCCCCGAUUGGAAUGGCGGAAGCUCCCUGGCAUAGCCAAGGAACUACACAAGGAGAUGUACGAGCAUUUUGCGCAGGGCAACGUGGCGGCGAUCGAGGGCAAGCUUGCGGAUGGGAUCUACGGGUCGUUGCAGAAACGGAUUGGGCUGAGGCCUGCCAAUACUGCGAUGAGGUGGAGGUUGCAUAAGUACCUCAGCCGGCCAAGGACGGUGAGCUACAAAGCCACGCUGCUACCGCCCGCCACGGCGGUGAGUAAGUAUGAGCGCAACGCCAUGGUACAGGCGGUGGUGAGGAUACACAGCUUGCAGUCCUUGCAGCGCGUGCAGCGAGUUAGCGAGCGAAAUGAACGCGGCCAAUUGCGGGUGCGAGAUGUGGUGCUGGACUCGCAGGGCAGAGAGGUCCCGGAGACGGAGUUGGAGCUAAUGCCGAAGGAUGCGAAGGAGUCGGUCGAGUAUGUGGUGGUACAGAAGUUCCACCGCGCGGGUAAGGAAGGGAACUGGGAGCUUUGGGGCACGACGGAGGAGACGACGUUGGAGAGACUGGAGAGCGAUCAGAAGGCCCUGCAGGAUGCCGUGAAGGCGCAGAGCGCGGCGAGGAGGCUGGCGGCUGCGUAGGUAGGCAGUGUAAGAUAGCUAACUCCUCUUCGUGUACAAGACAGCGCUUUACUGUACGAGCACUCGUCCGCAAACGGCGGACGCAAUAGUCACCUCG